AGAGAGUGAGAAAGAGAGAGAGAGAGAGAGAGAGAGAGAGAGACAUGAGCGACAAGAUAUGCUAAAGAAGCCUAGACUGAUUUUGCGAGCGACGGCGAAGUCUGCUGUCAGCCCGCUAUAGCUAUAUUGCGCUUGUCUACUGCCCCGAAGUUGGCCGAAGCGCGGCGCGCUCACGUACACGGUUGCUUGCUUGUUUGUACGUUGCCGCAUUUCGCCAGCAAUUCUGUCGGUAGUUGUCAAGUCUGUCGGUGGUGUCGCUAGCGGACGGUUGCUGUAACGAGAGCUAGUGAAAAAAUAGUUUACUAGCAACUCCAGGAUCGCCUUAAACACUAUCAGAUUAACUGCUAUCAGAUUGUCUUGCAUAUAAAUUUUGCGGGUUAUGCAACUCUAAAUGUCUUGAAUCAAUUUCAAAAUUAAUAAAAUUAAUGCCUUCAGCCUGAAAAUUAGAUCGCACAAUGCUAAUCGCGGAAACAGUAUCAACAAAUAAUCGAUUUCGUUUUUUAUGUUUUACGUCAGUAAGUAUUGAAAAAAUCCGUUCGGCUUCGGCAUUUGAAUGGGGAAGAGAAAGGACUGCUUCAACUAAUAAUUUUAAAUUUGGAAAAACUUUCUCUUCAUUAUCAUCUUUAUAUUCUAAUAUGUUUUGCCACAUUUUAUCAAUUUCUAAAGAAAGUAAUUCUGUUUUUUGUGAUUCAUCGAAAAUUGAUGGCAGAAUUCUCCAGUCAAACGCUAAUUUUGUAAUAUCAAUGUGUGUAUUAUUUAUACGCGCUGCAAUAUCUGUUAAAUCUCUAAUUUCAAUUCUGCCUUCGUCAAAAAGAGCAAUUUUCGGAUUUAAAAAAGUUAAUUGUUGAAAAAAUAUAGAUUUGUAUGGUAAACGUUUUACCAUUUCCCGGACUGCUGUUUUAUAAAAGUCUAAAUAUUUUAAUCGAACUUCUUGCACGCAUUCAACAGAUUGUGUUGCUAAAAAGUCUUCACAGUCGGGUCCCACAUAUAUAUUAUUAAGAUCUUGUAUCUGAUUCUCAUCGUCAAUAUCUAAAGAAAUAAUAUUUUGCAAAACCUCUGGAUGUAUACAAUUUUGAGCAAUUUGCCGAAUUAUUUGUUGAGACUCUUCAAAUAACUUAUGAAUCAAAAUUUUGCGUGACUGGAAAGUAGCGUUAAAAAUAUUAAAAUAUAGUAACGAAUAUUUUAAAAAUAAUAAAUAUGCUUUUAUGUUAUUAUUAUUUAAAUCUGUUAAAAUAAUUUCCGCAGAUCUCAAUUUAUCUUCGUGAACAGCUAAUAUAAAAUAAUUUUUUAAAGCUUCCCAAUUGUCGAGAAAUCUGACCACGCAUUUGUGCAAAACAAGCCAUCUUGUAUUUGCUAAUUUUUUAAUUUUAUUUUUUUCUAUUUCAAAAAACUCUUGAAAUUCUUGUAAAAUCGCGCAUCUCUUUGCACUGCCAGAAAUAUAAGUAGCAACUCCUCUAACUAAAUUCUCGCAAGACCUCCAAAAAUCGACCUAUUGCUCGCCACAUGCAACAAACAAUCUACCAAUUCAGAAACAUACCAAAUUCUUUUUAAUGAAAUUAGUGCCAAAUACCAAGAAUAUCUACCAAUUUAUACCGAUGGAUCCAAAACUACUGAAGGAGCAGGAGCCGCUGUAGUCUUGCCCAAUGAAGAAAAAACAUUCCGACUCAACAAUAUAUCCUCAAUCUUCUUUUGUGAAGCAUAUGCCAUUUAUCAAGCUCUUGAAAUAAUCCAAAAUCAAAGAAUUUCCAAAAUAGCCAUCUACUCAGACUCCAAAAGUGUUCUCAACAGCAUGCUUCACCCUACAAAUGCCGAACCAGUCGUCGAGGAAAUUCUAAAUCGCACCGCGUCUCUAGAACAUCAAAAUGAAAUUAUAAUAUUCAUCUGGAUCCCCUCACAUAUCGGCAUCAAAGGAAACGAACAAGCAGAUAAAGCAGCUAAAAAGGCUCUAUCACUACAACAACAAGACCAUCUAAUCUCCCACAAUGAUUUGAUACGCAGCCUCAAAAACAACAUCACCAACACCUGGAACCAACAAUGGCUAAAUCUACCUACAACGAAACUCCAUACAGCAAGAAACAAUAUCUAUGAAAAAACUCCCCUCCUACCUCACAGAAUUGAUCAAGUUAUCCUCACCCGUUUGAGAAUCGGUCACACAAGAGUAACACACAGUUAUAUCAUCAAAAAAAUACCUCAGGAAUUAUGCAACCAUUGCAGAACACCACUCACCGUCCCUCACAUACUCCGCGACUGACUAGCCCUACAACAGCAUAGGGAACGUCUCAAGAUAACAACAGACCUUCAUAGAUGCCUGAACAUCCCCACUGAAAUCAACAAAAUAAUAGACUUAAUCAAUUGCCUAAAGCUAAAACCCGAA